AUGAACAACCGCCCAGUAGAGCAAGCUUUGGGAAACUUGGUCCCAACUCAUGCCAGUGAUUUGCCCCAAGAUCUUGUGAGCCUGGCUACUAGUCUUGUUGCCCAAUCUCGGAGCUUCUCCAGCAGCCUGAAGCCCGAAGAAGAAAUCGCCCGUCCGUAUGCCUGCGCAGAGAUCGCCUGCAGGAGGCUCACGCGAGCGCUGAAACUCCCUCCUUUGCUCGGCCACCCGCCCUGCCCUCCGCGCGUCUACAAAAAGCUCUAUUCAUUCCUAGAUCGAUCACUUUCCUCUAGCACCGUCGGCAUCAAGCGAUCAGCAAGCGGGUCUGUUGUGGGCACACAAUCACGUUCCGACUCUACUCAAGGCACUCCUACCAAAGCUACAGUUGGCGGGCGAACCCCUUCAAAGGUUGCUCCCACUCCGCGAGGCCUUCAAAAUACACCGUCUAAAUCCACACCCUUAAAGAGGAGUGUCAGUGUCGCUAAGCUUGGCACACCAUCCAAGUCCGUACGAAAGCCCAUAGGUCGCCCCAAUGGCCUUUCCGCCUCUACUGUCAUCCCGGAUGCCCCAGCAUGGGCGAUGACAGCGAUCCGCACAGUAUGCAAGACACUCUCGACUCCAGCACCACGCACGACCACCUGGUCCCGGCCUCCAAUCUCGAGAACUCUUCCACCUCACAUUUUUGCUGGUGUCUCGUCUAUCCUCUACUUGACGUCCAGCAUGUCCAGUAAUGAAGAGGGGAUUGAUGAAGAGACUCUAGAUUUCCUAGAGCCAAUUGUGUCGAUUACUAAUGCAAACAACGAUGAUGAUUUCAAGGAGCUUGUAUACGCCAUGGUCGUUGCUGUAUACUUUCUUGUCUUGGCUCGUCGACGAAACCCGGCUGCAUCAGCAGAUGGUGAAAUAGCAAGCGAAGGCCAGAAAAUGGAUAAGAAAACUUUCACUGAGAUGCGUCAGACAGCCCUGACUAGUCUCGGUCUUCCUAAUGACAGGCGUCACCGCGAUGAUGUCGAUCAUUGGAUCGGUUUGAUCAUGGAGCAAGGCUGGGCAAAUGAUCAGGAGUGGUUUGAGAACAUUCCACUUGCAGGAGAGUUGGACGGCGAGGACGAGGAAGGUAAUUCGUUUCGCAAUCUUGACGAAGAGGAUGCGGCUUUCAGAGGUGUCAAACUACCUAAGCGCAACGAUGAGACUGGCGGGUCUAAGAAAGGAUCUCGGUCCAAUAAUGCCACUCACGGUGGUCUUUUACCGGGCCUUGGAACUAUGAUGCAGGAUCGCGUCGACUGGCUCAGUGAGGACCGCCGCGAAGACUUUCUCGACUGGAAAGCCGAGAUGCUCGGCCGUAUUGAGAGUGGACCGAGUAAGGCGGAACUUGCGGCUGUCUGA